GCAACACGAGAGAAGGGGAAGGAACGUGGUGGUAGUAGUGGGGUGGUGUGUGAAGAGAGAGAAAUAUACGCCGUCAAACCCCAUAACACCCACACACACACACCGCCAAACCCUAUUACACCCACACCGCCCUUCCCUUCCCUUCCUUUACCCCCCGGACGCAAACCCCGGGGGUGUUCUUGAUCGCCUUGAAAUAAAUCGCCAGACGACCGGGUCUCUGUUGGAUGGUGGUCAAAUCGAGCAGAGCCUGCCAGCUGGACAUUUGGCCACGUUGAAGCCUGCAUAGCGUCACUCGUGCUUGGAUGCGCUGCUCGUCGAAGGGCGGACAUGAGCUCGUUGAAGCCCAGCGGGCUAAAGGCCCCCAGCAAGAUUGCCAAACCGGCCAGUGCGAUCGCCAGGCCCUGCAGAGAUGUUAAAGGUGGAGCGACGCCGUCCCCAUCGGCGCCAUCGUCCCCUCCCGAGUCGGAAUGCGGCAGCGUGGCCGCGGGCAGCGGCGGCGGCGACGAGUCGGCCUUCGCGGUGGGCGAGCGCGUCUUCGUCAACGGCGCCAAGGCCGGCACGCUGCGCUUCCUGGGCCCGGCGCAAUUCGCCCCGGGCCGCUGGGCCGGCAUCGAGCUCGAAGAACCCGUCGGCAAGAACGACGGCUCGGUGGCGGGCGUGCGCUACUUCCAGUGCCGCCCCUUGCACGGCGUCUUCACGCGGCCCUCCAAGCUGGCAUCGACGGCUGACGAAGGCGAGGCCGCCGAGACCGACGCGUCUCCUAACGCCGCGACGGCCGCUACGGCGACGCGAGCGUCUUCCAGCGGCGCCACCCCUCCGUCCUCCUCUUCCGAGGCCGCCACCGUCUCGUCCCCGCAGGUCAUGACCCCGGCAAGCUCGGCGACCCCCAAAAGUAUUCCCGUGACGACGACAAAGCCGCCGUCGUUGCCGCCGCCGACAGCCAGGCCGCCCUCGUCCACACCCGCGUCGAUGAGCAAGAUGACGAGCGGGUCGGUGUCGAACCUGUCGGAAGCCGGGUCGAUGAAGAAGGGCGAGCGGGAACUGAAGAUUGGCGACCGCGUACUGGUGAGUGGCACGAAGGCGGGCGUGGUGAGGUUUCUUGGCGAGGCGGACUUUGCCAAGGGCGAGUGGUGCGGCGUGGAACUGGAUGAGCCUCUGGGCAAGAACGACGGCUCUGUGGCUGGCACCAGAUAUUUCCAAUGCCAGCCCAAGUACGGCCUCUUCGCUCCGACGCACAAGGUGACGCGAAUCGGCUUCCCGUCCACGACGCCGGCUAAGGCGAAGGCCGGCGGCGCCGUGCCGGGCACGCGGCGCACCGUCAGCUCGGGCAUCGCCGCGCUCAAGCGCAGCCCCAGCGCCUCCUCCAUCAGCACGCUCAGCUCCGUGGCCUCGUCCGUGAGCGCCAAGCCCAGCCGCACCGGCCUGCUGGCGGAGACGUCCGCCCGCUACUCGCGCAAGAUCGCGGGGAACACGGCGCUCCAGGAGGCGCUCAAGGAGAAGCAGCAGCACAUCGAGCAGCUGAUGGCCGAGCGGGACAUGGAGCGCGCCGAGGUGGCACGAGCCACCAGCCAGGUUGGGGAGGUGGAGCAGGAGCUGUCUCUCGUAAGACACGCGCACUCGCAGUUUGUGGUUGAAGCGGAGGAGAAGAUGGACAGCCUGCGGACUCUGGUGGAGGCAGCCGAUCGUGAGAAGGUGGAGCUGCUCAAUCAGCUGGAGGAGGAGAGACGAAGGGUGGAAGACCUGCAAUUUCGGGUGGAGGAGGAAUCCAUUACGAAGGGCGACCUGGAGACUCAAACCAAACUGGAGCAUGCGCGCAUUAAGGAGCUUGAGCAGAGCCUUCUGUUUGAGAAAACCAAAGCCGAGAAGCUGCAGAGAGAGUUAGAAGACUCGCGGGCCGCCACAGUCUCGGAGAAGUCUCGCAUCCUGGAGCUGGAGGCGGAGCUGGAGGCCGCGAGGCAGGGCCCGCCCGGCAAGGCCCUCCCGGCGGACGCGGGCUCUGAAGCGGGCGCUGCGCACGCGGCAGCUGCCGCGGCGCUGAUGGAGGCCCUGCAGGCCGAGAUCAAGGCCCUCAAGGAGCAGCUCGCCGCCGCCAACAAGGACAAGGCGGAAGAGCGGCGAGCGGCGAAGGCCCUCCAGGAGAGUCUCGAUGCGGCCCUGAGCGAGGCCGAAGCCCUCAAGAAGGCCCACGCCGAGGCCGAGUCUCUCCGCCGGGAGCUGGCCGCGACGACCAGCGAGGUGCAGCUGUGGAAGGAACGCCUCGAGGCGGUGGAGGCCGCUCACCGCCAGGCCCUGGAGGACGCCGCGAGCCGCUCGGCCGCCCCUGGAGCCGAAGCGGUGGCGGCGCUGGAGGCGCUGAAGGGCGAGCGUGUCAAACUGGAGCGGGAGAGCGCCGCGCACCUCAAGGAGAAGGAGGAGCUGAAGGCGAAGCUCGGGGAAUCGCUGAAGGGGCGCGAGAGCGAGGUGGAGCGCGUGAAGCAGCAGCUGGAAUUGGCCGGCACCCAGCACAUGCUGGAGCUCGAGGAGAUGCUGUCGAAGCUCUCGCAGGCCGAGGACAAGCUCAAGGAGGCCGAGAAGACGGACGCGGAGAAGCAGGCGUUGCAGAGCCGCGUGUCAGAGCUCGAGGAGAAGUGUCGCGAGUGCGAGAGGCUGGCGGAGGAGACGGAGGCUUCCCGCAAGGAAAACGAGGCCCUGCGCGGGAAGCUGACCGCGGCCCUGAGCACGUGCAGCGCCGUGGAGGCCGAGAGACUGUCUGCUGGCGACAGGGCCGGGGAGCUCGCUGAGAAGUUGCAAGUGAAGGAAGGAGAGAUGGAGGGCCUGCGCCAAGAGGUUUCAUCUCUCAAUGACGAUAGGGGCCAGCUGCAACAGAAACUAUCUGAGCGGACGGAAGAAAUUAAGUCUGUGACCGAAAAAGGAAGCCGCCUGCAACAAACUAUUGAAGAACUGGAAGGAAAGGUGAGCUCGCGGGAGGAGCAGAACUCAGGGCUGAGCACCGCGCUCCAGCAAGUGAAGACCGAGUUGUCCGCGCUAGAGCGCAAGGUGCACUCGGGGGAGGAGAAGGCGGAGCAGCUCGCGCGAGACAAGCAGAAGCUGGAGGAGGACAUCGCCCAGAUGAUCCAGUCUUCCGGAGACAGCUCUGCACAGCUCACGAAGAUGAACGAUGACAUCAGGAAGAGAGACAAGCAAGUGGAGGAGCUGCAGGCUGGCCUGGCGCUGGAGCGUGAGUUGGCGGCCAGUGUUUCCGAGAAGCUGCUCGAGUCGGAACGCAGGGCCGAGACGAGCGCGAAGUCGCUAACCGUCGAGCUAGCCUCUGCGGAGGCCGAACGCGCGCGCCUGUCGCACGAGCUAGACGCCUUGCUCUCGAGCCACGGCGCGGCACUGGCCGAGCGAGACUCGCUCGCCUCCGAAAAGGAACUGGCGUCGAGCCGGCUCGCCGACCUGGAAGCGCGCUGCGUCUCGCUGGGCGGGGAGCUAGAGGCGGCGCGGGCAGGGCACCGGGAGCUCUCGUUGGGCCGCGACGCCCUCCUCGAAGAGAAGGAGGCUUUGAUCGCCGAGGGUCGGAGGCUCGAGGCCGAGGCCGCGUCCUUGCGGCAGGACCGCGACGCGCUCGGGGAGCAAGUGGAGAAGGACCGGCAGAUCGGAGAAUCGGUCGCGGCGGAGGCGGCGAUUCUGGCGGAGGAGCGGGACGGGCUGAGCGAGGCUCUGCGGGAGGAGAAGGAGAGGCGCGGCGCCCUUGAAAAUGAAGUGGAGGGCUUGAAGGCCGCGCUGGCAGAAAUGAAGGGUCAAGUCGAAGCCGGAAGAUCUGAAGCCGGCGAUCUGGCGGAGGAGAAGAAGAAGCUGUCGGAGGAGCUCGGCGACGCUCGAUGCAAACAAACCGAGGCGGAUGCCCUCACGCGACAGUUGCAAAGCGUUGUUGAGCAGCAGGCGAACGACCUGACAACGGCGCGCACGAGCAACGCGCAGCUCAAGGGUGAGGCUGAAACGCUGGCGGCUGCCGUCGAGGAGUUGAAAAGCGGCAAAUUGCGUGCGGAAUCGGAACGGGAUGAGCUGCUAGCGUCGUCCGAACGGCUUCGGAGCGAGCUCAGCUGCACCAAAGAAGACGUCGCCAAACUCGAGGCGGAGAAGGAACGUGAUGCGGCCCUUCUGCAGGACACGCGGGGUGGUCUGGAGGCCGCCGAGAAGGAGAGAGAUGCAUUGAAAGAGGCGGUGAAGGCAGGCAAAGCCGAAAACGAGUCGCUGAGGCUGGAGAGCGAGCGCGUGUCGGCAGAGAAUGGGCGGCUCGCUCGCAUGCUGGAGGAGCUGCGGAGCGACAGCAAGGUGACGGACUCGGAGCGCGCGGCCCUCCUGCAGGAGCGCGAGAGCCUCGUCUCUCGCCAGGAGGAGCUGCUGGCCACUCAGCGGCGACAGGAGACAGAGAGCGCCACGCUACAGCGAGACGGGGAGGAGAUGCGCUUGCAGGCGGCGUCUCUGCGCGCCGAGCUAGAAGCGAUGGCUGGGAGAGAGCGGGAGGCGGCGCUGGAGAGAGAGGAGAUGGCCGCCAAACAGAAUGGGGUCGAGUCGGAGUGCAAAGAGUUGGUGAAACAACGGGACUUGCUGGCGGAAGAAAAGGCGUCUCUCGAAGCGAACGUGUCUUGCCUGAGUAAAAAUUUGGAAGACGCGGUCGCUAAGCAUCAAAGCGAUUCGGCCAGGGAGCAGGAGCUGAUCUCUAAGCAGGAGGAAAUGAUACUGGCGCAGUCCGAGCUGGCGACUCGGCACGAUGAUCUGUCGAAGGAGAACGGGGAGCUUCAAGAUCUGGUGUCGGCUCUGCGCAAAGAACUGGACGAUGCAGCCUCGAAGCAACGGGAAAUGGCGACGAGGCAGCAGGAGUCCGACGCCAAAUGCGAGAAGCUCGACACGGAGCAGCAGCGGCUCACGAAUGAGUACAACGCCCUGCUGAGCCGCAGCGCUCAGUUGCAGGACGAGACGUCUGGCUUAAGGAAAGAGCUAGAGGAGGCCGGCAUCUUGCAACGGGAGGCGGCUGCAAGAGAAGGGGAGCAGCUCGCAAAGUACGAAGCGCUCGCUGCUAAACUGGAGGAGGUGCGAGCGGAGUGUGAAUCUGCGAGCAAAGAAAACUCUGAGCUGAAAGAGAAAGUCGUCGCGCUGGUGAGGGCGGCCGAGGAGGCGGACCUAACCCGACGAGAGAUUGUCGCCGCGCAGCAGGAGGGGGCCGGCAAGCAACUCGAGCUGAUCUCCAAGCAGCAGGAGCUGGAGGCUGAGCGCGAACGGCAGGUCGAGGGGAUGGCGCGGCUGCGCGAGGAAGCGUCGUCCCUUCGCGAGCAGCUGGAGGAGGCCGCCGCGGGCCGCGAGCGGGCGACCGCCGAACAGACGCGGCUGGAGGAGGAGCGCGGGCGACUCGAGGGCCGGUGCUCGGAGCUUGACGAGCUGGCCGCGGCUCUCCGCGUCGAAAUCGCGGAGGCGGCCGCCAAGAGGGAGCAGGCGGUGUCGCUUCGGCGGGAGGUCGAGGCGAGGGAGGCGGCGCUGGCGGAGAAGCGGCGGAACGCGGAGGGGGAGCGCGACGCGUCGGCCGAGGAGUGCGCAGAGCUGCGCGCCCUCGUCGCUUCCCUGCGGAGCGAAAUGGAGGGGGCGGCGACAGAGAGGGAGCGACAGGAGGGCGACGCGCGCGAGCGGGAGCGGGCGGCCGUCGCGAAGGCGCUGGAUGAAGAGAGGGCAUGCUGGCUGAAGAAGGAGGAGGACACGGCAGCGCAGUUGAAAGAACUCGAGUUGACGUGCUCUGCCAAAUCGGCGCAGGCAGAGGAGUCGCUUAAAGCCAAUGAAGAGCUCCUGCAGAAGGUGACCAAGCUGCAGAGUGAGAGAGAGGCCCUGGCGGAGACAAAUGCCAGCAUCUCCACGACCUUGCAGAAGACCAACGAUGCCAACAACAGAUUGACCCAGGAGCUGGAGAGACUGAAGCAGCUGAGUCAGCAGGAGCGAGAGACGGGGAGAGAGCGCGACGAUGGCAGCAACCAGAGGAUUGUGGGGCUCACCGCUCAGCUCGAAGAAUUGAGGGCAAGCGUGUCCCAGAAGGAAGUGCAGUUGUCUGGACUGGAGCAAGAGAAAGAGAGGCUGGUGUCAGAGCUGGCACAGGUGAAACAGGGCGAGCUGCUCGGCCAGAAGCUUGACGAGGAGAAAUCGACUCUCAAUCAGCAGCUGCUCGACAUGAAAAGAAGAGAGUCGACCCUGGUGGCCGAGUUUGAGGAGGAGCGAUCGUCGCUGCGCAAAACCCUGGACCUGACGUCGAGCAAGAUCUCCGGGAGGGACCGCGAGCUGGACAAGUUGAAGACCGAGCUGUCAGCCCUGCGCAGUGCAGGCAACGCGGCACGGGAUCUGCAGAGCACGGUGCAGGCCCUGGAGACGGAGAAAACCAGACUGGAGCAGAAGGUGCAGAGCCUGGAGUCGGCGCUCGGCGAGACCAAGAGGAAGCUCGACACUCAGCCCAUCGCCGCGUCCGCGGCCGUCGCGGCCACCACCAAGGCGGCUCGGCAAGACGCGGACGACGAGGAGGAGGACGACGACGUCAGCGGCCAGGUGGAGUUCCUCAACUCGGUGAUCGUGGAACUGCAGAGGAAGAACGAGGACCUCCAGUCGCAGCUGGAGAAGUUGGCCCAGGCAGCCGUGAAUGGGAAUGACGCCGCCGGACAGGGGGACAGCGCUGAAGAGCCGGAGGAGGGCCGCCGCCAGGUGGCGCCGCGUCUCUUCUGCGACAUCUGCGACUGCUUCGACCUGCACGACACGGAGGACUGCCCCACGCAGGCCCAGCCCGAGGAGGAGCCGCCCCACUCGGCCCACCACGGCGAGCGCCACGCCACGCGGCCCUACUGCGGCAUUUGCGAGUCGUUUGGCCACACCGCCGAGCAGUGCAACGACGACGAGACGUUCUAGAGACGGCCGACCGCCUUGCCCAGCUUGCCCCCCCCUUCCCCCCCCGCCCUCUCCUACCACUCUCACCGUGGCCACCGACCCCACCCGCCUCCCACUUUCAUGGCGGAACCGACAAACGCGUGUCUUCUCUCCAAGCGAACGACCUCAUCGCUUCGUUAAUAGCUUUUUCAGUCCUCCGCUCGUUACCCUUUCCUGCCCUCUCCUGCCCUUCCCUUUCCUCCGGCCUCCUCCGUGUACUCCCCCACCCCAAACUUCCCCCGCCCACCACGUCUCCCCCCUCCCCUCCACUUCUUCCCUGCUUCAUCCCUCCUCCCUCCCCCCACAACCACAAUCCUCUCUCAGUUUCCAAACUCACCACGGCCACUCUCAACCACCAACUCAAUUCUCACCUCCACUCACCACCACCAAACACUCUCACCACCUCCACUCUCACCACCACGAAUUCUCAAUACCCCCCCGCCCCUCCUUCCCCUCCUCCCUCUCCUCCCUGGAUAGGGAGGUGUGGGGGAAGGGUUUUAUGCUCAUAGGUAACCGUGGCAACUUCAGGGCAACCGCCACCUACGAUUGCCACCGGCAACGCAUGAAACUAUGAGCGCCGUGGUCAUGCCAGAGUGGCGUAGAUUGAGAAGAAGAGUUCAGCUCAUCCGGACGGAGGUUGCCGAGCGCUGUGUGGGGCGUUCGAUGAGCAGUGACUGAUGCACAGAGCUCGCGUUCGCGCAACGACACAGCCUCGAGCCAGUCACGUGACCUCUGUCCGCAUUUUGGCAACUGGCGGACGACAAAGCGAAAGUUGCUGGUGACAAUUUGCCGGUGACGGUUAUCCGAACAUGUGUCCUGACCUUGCAGGGGUUACUGCCGUAAAAAGGAAAUAAAUAUAUGAAGGCGACGUUUCAGGCAACGGCCCUUCUUGAUAGCACGCAACAUCAUUUGUGUAACCAUUGCCGAAAAUGUGUCCGGUUUUAUAUAUUUCAAUUUCCUUUUGAAGGCACGUUAUUGACGGAAUGUGUUGAUCUGUUUGUUGUUUGUUUAAUUGCUCUUGUGCACCGCUGCCAAAGCAGUAUCACCAAAUAACGUUUCGUUUUAUCGGGGUCACUGUAUAUAUGCUGCAUUCACCCACGUGGGUUGUGUCACAUUUCUUCAAAUUGUCUCCGCAGCAAGCUCCACGCGGGCGCGUGUUGGGCGUUCGUUGUCACGCGCGCCGGUCUAUGCACACUCGGCGCCACCUUCCUCGCGUUGUGGGACACUGGGGAGGCAUCCACCCGCCCUGCGCACACGCACGCCCAACAGGACUCGGCACCAAAGGGGAGAGGGAGGCUCGUGCGUGCGUGUUUUUGUGCGUCGGUGGUUCUCUCUGCAACUGUUUGGUGUGCCUGUGCGCGACCGUUUUCCUACUUGCACGUGCGCUCGAAUGACCACCUGGGGCACUUUUGUUUUCAUUUAAUUUUCUACACGCAUUUUAUUUUUUACCUCGGCAGAGGUGUCCUGAAUUUCAAUCAGCUGCUCCGUUCAUGAAGCCUUAAAUUCUGCAGGAAAAAAAACCAUUCUACAGCUUACGUCUUGAAACCCGUAAUCAAAUUUUAGAAAUAUAUAUACACUUGAGGAGUGGUUUAACAUCAAACUGUAGCUCCUGCACCAAUGAUUGUAGUCAUUUUUCCGUUGUAAAUCUGUCCAGCGCUGGAAAGAAACUGUUAAUCUCAUCCGAAGGAGCGGGGCCGUUCUCGUAAAUCAACCGCAGCUCAAUUUUCACGCGACACCACCGCAGUUGCGUGGAAUCCAUGGCGGGGGGGGGGGGGUAGCGGAGGCCGGGGAGGAACGGACCUCUGGAGCGCAAGUAUCGCUCGCGGUUGCUGCUGCUGCUAUUGUUGUUGUUACCUUGAAUUGAGAUGAUGAGCGAGCGAGCAAAACCACAGGUGCCCUCGGCGUAGCGUCGGGCCGUAAACUACCUGACGCACUUGGAGCGCCGCCCGCACCGCACUUGUCGCGAACCCGCACGCCAAAUUGUGUCGUCAACGCACUCCUCCGCUCGCCUCUGCAACAACAAUCUGUUUUCUCCUUAUUUAUUCGCUGCCUUCCUCGGCCCGUCGAGUUUAUCGGAGCGGUCAUCAGCGACGUCUUUCCACGUGAAGGGGGCGCGGGUUUUUUUGUGUUUUAUGAUUUUAAACCAAACUUGGCAAUGGCGAAGGUGCAACGCUGGAAUUGCUUUUGCUUGCGCUCGCUGCUGGCGGGAGCGGUCUCCACUCGCGGGGAACUUGAGCGACAGUUACCCCUCUUCCCUUCUUGAGGGGUAACUUUGGCCGACUCACGCACGCUUUGGUGGCCCCCUGCCCUUUGCGCAUCUCCGAUUAUCACGUGUCGGUCACGUGCGGCGCGACAGAAGUUCAGCAUUGCAUGCUCGCCAGAAUACCCGCGUGGUUUGGUUUUCUUACGAACGGGGACGCCACUUUGGCCUAUUCUGCCGCCACUUUCCCGUGCGAUGAAGACGUCAAUGCUUGGGACGCGUACCAGAGGGUGUGCGGUGUAAUGUAACAACAAUUUCCGCAGGGGACGGCUGCUGGAGUUGACGUCGUAAGAAACCAAUUUCCUCAGUUCCCUUCGGUCACCUCUCAAUUCACGCCAGGGUGGCGAUGAGACGCCCUCGGUGUGGACCGACGCACGGCAGUCGAACACAAACACAAAAAACACGACAAGUUUGCCGAACUCAAAAGAGCUGGAAUUAUUUGAAGCGACAAACCAAACUUCGCACACGCGCGCACACCGUGGGUUGUUUCGUUCUGUGUGCAGCGUGUGUAGUAUGUGUGUCAGUGAGUGUCGUGCAAUCAUUCGGUGCCACGCCGCCGAAUCCAUCCGUUCAACUCCGCCCCACACUUUCGAACGUCGGAAUCGAGCGCCGAGCGAUGCGACGAACGGAAGGGACCCGGUCCAAUAGGAUCGUUCAUUCGCGGUGUCCGCACCGCAGGGGUCGCCUGCGCAGUGUAGCGUGAAGGUAUCCCCCCACCCACCCCCCGUGCUUUUUGACG